UAAGGUGUCACCAUGAGUAUGGACCUGGACAUGGAGUGUUUUGGCCCAGCGGCCGUAUACCUCCGUAAACCAGAACGAGAAAGGCUUGAGGCUCAGAAUUUACCAUUUGAUGCUAAAACAGCUUACUUUGUUAGUGAACCAAGUGAGAUGUACCUCAAAGGGGUCCUGCAGAACAGAGAGGGUGGCAAAGCCACUGUCAAAACUCUGUGUGGCAAAGCCCUGACAGUAAAGGAAGAUGAUAUUUUUCCCAUGAAUCCUCCGAAGUUUGAUAAGAUUGAGGACAUGGCCAUGAUGACACACCUCAACGAGCCUGCUGUGCUGUACAACCUCAAAGAGCGUUAUGCAGCAUGGAUGAUCUAUACCUACUCUGGGUUGUUCUGUGUGACUGUGAACCCCUAUAAGGGGCUCCCAGUGUACGACAGUGUUGUUGUGGUUGGCUACAGGAGCAAAAAGAGAAUCGAGGCCCCUCCUCACAUAUUUUCCAUCUCUGAUAAUGCUUAUCAGUUUAUGCUCACUGACCGUGAAAACCAGUCAAUCCUGAUUACUGGAGAAUCUGGUGCAGGAAAGACUGUGAACACCAAACGUGUCAUCCAGUACUUUGCGACAAUCGCUGUGUCUGGACAGAAAAAGGCAGAGCACAUGCCUGGAAAAAUGCAGGGGUCGCUGGAAGAUCAAAUCAUUGCAGCCAACCCUCUGCUGGAGGCUUAUGGUAAUGCAAAGACUGUGAGGAAUGACAACUCCUCUCGCUUUGGUAAAUUCAUCAGAAUUCAUUUUGGCUCCACUGGAAAGUUGGCCUCAGCUGAUAUUGAAACUUAUCUGCUGGAAAAGUCAAGAGUAACUUUCCAGCUGUCAGCUGAGAGGAGCUACCACAUUUUCUACCAGCUUACUACCGGGCACAAGCCUGAACUGCUGGAGGCUCUCCUGAUUACCACAAACCCAUUUGACUACCCAAUGAUCAGUCAUGGGGAGAUCACGGUCAAAAGCAUCGAUGAUGUGGAGGAGUUCAUUGCCACAGAUACUGCCAUUGACAUCCUGGGUUUUACUGCUGAGGAGAAGAUGGGCAUUUACAAGCUGACAGGAGCUGUGAUGCACCAUGGGAACAUGAAAUUUAAGCAGAAACCAAGAGAGGAACAGGCUGAGCCUGAUGGCACUGAGGUGGCUGAUAAAAUCGCUUAUCUUAUGGGCCUAAAUUCAGCUGACAUGCUAAAAGCUUUGUGCUAUCCCAGAGUCAAAGUCGGGAAUGAGUUUGUGACCAAAGGACAGACUGUUCCCCAGGUGAACAAUGCAACCAUGGCUCUGAGUAAGGCGGUGUAUGAGAAAAUGUUUUUGUGGAUGGUUGUUCGUAUUAAUGAGAUGCUGGACACCAAGCAAGCAAGGCAGUUCUUUAUCGGGGUGCUGGAUAUUGCUGGCUUUGAAAUUUUUGAUUUUAACAGCUUGGAACAGCUGUGCAUCAACUUCACGAAUGAAAAACUGCAACAGUUUUUCAAUCACCACAUGUUUGUACUGGAACAAGAGGAAUACAAAAAAGAAGGAAUUGAGUGGGAAUUUAUUGACUUUGGUAUGGACUUGGCUGCCUGUAUAGAGCUUAUUGAGAAGCCGAUGGGCAUUUUCUCCAUCCUUGAAGAAGAGUGUAUGUUUCCCAAGGCGACAGACAUGACAUUCAAGAACAAGCUGUAUGAUCAGCAUCUGGGUAAAACUGCUUCUUUCCAGAAGCCAAAACCUACCAAAGGCAAAGCAGAGGCUCACUUCUCCCUGGUGCACUACGCUGGCACUGUGGACUACAACAUUCUUGGGUGGCUUGAAAAAAAUAAGGACCCACUAAAUGACUCGGUUGUUCAGCUGUACCAGAAGUCUGCAGUAAAACUGUUGGGUUCUCUAUUUGCUUCUCAUGCCUCUGCUGAAGCUGAAGGAGGUGGUGGCAAAAAAGGUGGAAAGAAGAAGGGUGGCUCCUUCCAAACUGUGUCAGCUCUGUUUCGGGAAAACCUGGGCAAGCUUAUGACCAAUCUGAGAAGCACGCAUCCUCACUUUGUGCGCUGUCUUAUUCCAAAUGAGUCAAAGACUCCAGGACUGAUGGAGAACGCUCUGGUCAUCCACCAGCUGCGCUGUAAUGGUGUGCUGGAGGGUAUCAGAAUCUGCAGAAAGGGUUUCCCCAGCAGAAUCCUGUAUGGUGACUUUAAACAGAGAUACAAAGUAUUGAAUGCCAGUGUUAUUCCUGAAGGACAGUUCAUUGACAACAAGAAAGCUUCAGAGAAGCUUCUCGGGUCCAUUGAUGUAGAUCAUACUCAGUACAAAUUUGGACAUACAGUUUUUUUCAAAGCUGGACUUUUGGGUCUGCUUGAGGAAAUGCGAGAUGAAAAGCUCUCCAUUCUAGUAACCAUGACUCAGGCACUGUGCAGAGGUUUCCUAAUGAGAAGAGAGUUUGUUAAAAUGAUGGAAAGAAGAGAAUCUGUCUUUACCAUCCAAUACAACAUUCGCUCAUUCAUGAAUGUGAAACACUGGCCAUGGAUGAAGCUGUAUUUCAAAAUCAAGCCUCUUCUGAAGAGUGCAGAGACUGAAAAGGAAAUGGCUGCUAUGAAGGAGAACUUUGAGAAAAUGAAAGAGGAUCUUGCGAAGGCUCUGGCAAAGAAGAAAGAGCUUGAAGAAAAAAUGGUGUCACUACUGCAGGAAAAAAAUGACUUGCAGUUGCAAGUAGCUUCUGAAGUUGAGAAUCUCUCAGAUGCUGAAGAGCGCUGUGAGGGGCUCAUCAAAAGCAAGAUUCAGCUCGAGGCCAAACUCAAAGAGACGACAGAGAGACUGGAGGAUGAGGAGGAAGUCAAUGCUGAGCUGACUGCCAAAAAAAGAAAACUGGAAGAUGAGUGUUCAGAGCUAAAGAAGGACAUUGAUGAUUUGGAGUUAACACUAGCUAAAGUGGAGAAGGAGAAGCAUGCCCUUGAGAACAAGGUUAAAAAUCUUGUUGAAGAGAUGGCAUCUCUAGAUGAAACUAUUGCUAAGUUGACAAAGGAAAAGAAGGCUCUCCAAGAGGCACACCAGCAGACUCUCGAUGAUCUUCAAGCAGAGGAAGACAAAGUCAACACUCUGACUAAAGCCAAGUCCAAACUGGAGCAGCAAGUAGAUGAUCUUGAAGGAUCUCUCGAGCAAGAGAAGAAGCUUCGUAUGGACCUUGAGCGAGCCAAGAGGAAGCUUGAGGGGGACCUAAAACUGGCCCAGGAAUCCAUAAUGGACCUGGAGAAUGACAAGCAACAGACAGAUGAAAAGCUUAAGAAGACGGAAUUUGAGAUAAGCCAGCUUGUUAGCAAAAUUGAGGAUGAGCAAACUCUUGGAGCACAGUUUCAGAAGAAGAUUAAAGAACUCCAGGCCCGUAUUGAGGAGCUUGAAGAAGAAAUUGAGGCUGAGCGUGCUGCUCGUGCUAAGGUUGAGAAGCAGAGGGCUGAUCUCUCCCGUGAACUGGAGGAGAUCAGUGAGAGACUUGAGGAAGCUGGUGGUGCCACCUCUGCUCAGAUCGAGAUGAACAAGAAACGUGAGGCCGAGUUCCAAAAGUUGCGCAGAGAUCUUGAGGAGGCCACCUUGCAGCACGAAGCCACUACUGCAGCUCUCCGAAAGAAGCAGGCUGAUAGCGUGGCAGAGCUCGGAGAGCAGAUUGACAACCUCCAGCGGGUCAAGCAGAAGCUGGAGAAAGAGAAGAGUGAAUGCAAAAUGGAGAUUGAUGAUCUGUCCAGCAACAUGGAAGCUGUUGCCAAAUCAAAGGCUAAUCUUGAAAAGAUGUGCCGUACCCUGGAAGAUCAGGUGAGUGAGUUGAGGUCCAAGUCUGAAGAACAACUUUGCCAACUGAAUGACCUUGGUGGCCAAAAAGCCAGACUCCAGACUGAAAAUGGUGAAAUUGGACGUCUUUUGGAAGAGAAGGAAGCUCUUGUUACUCAGUUGACUCGAGGCAAGCAAGCUUAUACUCAGCAGAUUGAGGAGCUGAAAAGGCAAAUUGAGGAAGAGGUCAAGGCAAAGAAUGCCCUAGCUCAUUCUUUGCAGUCUUCCCGCCAUGACUGUGAUCUUCUCCGAGAGCAAUAUGAAGAAGAGCAGGAAGCCAAAGCUGAGCUGCAACGUGCAUUGUCCAAGGCAAACAGCGAGGUAGCUCAGUGGAGAACCAAAUAUGAGACUGAUGCCAUCCAGCGCACCGAGGAACUCGAGGAAGCAAAGAAAAAGCUUACACAGCGCUUACAGGAUGCUGAAGAGUCAAUUGAGGCUGUGAAUGCCAAGUGUGCAUCACUGGAAAAGACAAAGCAGAGGCUGCAGAAUGAAGUGGAGGACCUUAUGAUUGAUGUUGAGAGAGCUAAUGCACUUGCUGCCAAUCUUGAUAAAAAGCAAAGAAACUUUGACAAGAUAUUGGCAGAAUGGAAGCAGAAACUUGAGGAGAACCAGGCAGAACUGGAAGGAGCCCAAAAAGAGGCUCGCUCUCUCAGCACUGAGCUUUUUAAGAUGAAAAACUCAUAUGAAGAAGCUCUGGAUCAACUGGAAACUCUAAAGAGGGAGAACAAAAACCUUCAGCAGGAGAUCUCUGAGUUAACGGAACAGCUUGGUGAAACUGGAAAAACUAUUCAUGAGCUAGAGAAGGGAAAGAAGACAGUUGAGAUAGAGAAAACAGAAAUCCAGACAGCUCUUGAGGAAGCUGAGGCCACACUGGAGCAUGAAGAAUCCAAGAUUGUUCGUAUCCAGCUUGAACUAAACCAAGUCAAAAGUGAGAUUGACCGGAAACUGGCAGAAAAGGAUGAAGAGAUUGAGCAGCUCAAGCGAAACAGCCAGAGGGUGAUCGACUCCAUGCAGACCACUUUAGAUGCUGAGAUCCGAAGCAGGAACGAUGCUCUUAGAAUCAAGAAAAAGAUGGAGGGUGAUCUUAAUGAGAUGGAGAUCCAGCUGAGUCAUGCCAACCGUCAGGCUUCUGAAGCUCAAAAGCAGCUCAGGAACGUCCAAGGACAGCUUAAGGAUGCUCAAUUGCACCUUGAUGAGGCUAUAAGAAGUCAAGAAGACAUGAAAGAGCAGGUGGCCAUGGUGGAGCGUAGAAACAAUCUGUUGAUGGCAGAGAUUGAGGAGCUCAGAGCUGCUCUGGAGCAAACUGAGAGAGGCCGCAAAGUGGCUGAGCAGGAGCUGGUGGAUGCCAGUGAACGUGUGGCUCUGCUGCAUUCUCAAAAUACCAGCCUUAUCAACACCAAAAAGAAACUGGAGGCAGAUCUUGUGCAGAUUCAAGGUGAGGUAGAAGACACGGUUCAGGAAGCACGCAAUGCUGAGGAGAAGGCCAAGAAAGCUAUCACUGAUGCUGCCAUGAUGGCGGAAGAAUUGAAGAAGGAGCAGGACACCAGCGCUCAUCUGGAGAGGAUGAAGAAGAACCUUGAGAUCACUGUCAAGGAUCUUCAGCACCGCCUAGAUGAGGCUGAGAAUCUGGCCAUGAAGGGUGGCAAAAAGCAACUCCAGAAACUGGAGGCUAGAGUGCGUGAACUGGAAAAUGAGCUUGAUGCUGAGCAGAGACGCUCAGCUGACGCUAUUAAAGGUGUUCGCAAAUAUGAGAGGAGAGUGAAAGAACUGAUUUACCAGACUGAAGAGGAUAAAAAGAAUGUGAACAGACUGCAAGAUCUUGUUGACAAACUGCAGCUAAAAGUAAAGGCCUACAAGAGACAGGCUGAGGAAUCUGAGGAGCAGGCCAACACUCACCUGUCCAGGUUUAGGAAGGUGCAGCAUGAGAUGGAGGAGGCUCAGGAGAGAGCUGACAUUGCUGAGACGCAGGUGAACAAGCUCAGAGCCAGGAGCCGUGACCUUGGAAAGGGAAAAAACUUGAAUGAAGAAUGAAGAUGAUGAAGCUCUCAGAAAAUAAGAUGCAUGCAAAAUUGUCAUUAAAACCAAAGUAGUCUAUAAAUUUGUUGAUCCAAAGUAGUCAAUAAAAGAGAUUGCAAACUGC